CAAAUACCUGUGUUGAUGACCAUGCAGGAAAAAUAUCCAAGUGAGAGAAACUCUCAUGCUACUUCACCUGGUUCCAGUGUGAUUCAGAAAAGCAGUACUCUUGGUUGUGAAUGGCAGACCCCAGUUAUCUCGGAGGCCUUUCGGAGCCGCUUCAGCCGCUGCUCAAGUGUUACUGACAGUGGGGACACAGCCAUUGGCACAUCGUGCUCAGACAUGGCUGAGGAUUUUUGCAGCUCAAAUAGCAGUCCUUCUUUCCAGCCCAUCAAAAGCCACAUAACCAUUCCAACAGCCCAUGUGAUGCCUUCUACUUUGGGGACCUCUCCUGCCAAGCCGAAUUCUACACCUCCCGGACCCUCUUCCUCCAAAAUCCCUUUGUCAGGGUUGACUGAAAGUGUGGGGAUGACAAGAAAUGGAGACCUCGGUGCAAUGAAGCGUUCUCCGGGCCUAUCUAGAGAUUUCAUGUAUCUUUGUGGUGCUGCUGGAGAAAAUGGAAUUGAGCAGUCUUGGUUUCCAGCAGUGGGCCAUGAAAGAGAAGAAGAGAUGAGGAAGUUUGAUAUUCCCAGUGUGGAGUCUACCCUCAAUCAGUCGACAAUGAUGGACACACUUUAUUCAGAUCCUCGCUACAGAGUACACUUCCACAACCUAAGAACCGACCCGAACAAGGAGUUAUACAAAGUGUUGCCUGAGACCAAGAAGGCACCAGGCAGUGGAGUGGGAUGUGAGCGGAAUGGACUACACCCUAGCAGCAGUGGGUUGCUUCCUUUGGGACUCCAGCCUGCUCCUGGGCUCUCCAAGCCUCUGCCCUCUCAGGUGUGGCAGCCAAAUUCUGACCCUUGGCAUCCCCCAGAGCGAUCUUGUGAGCUGAGCACUUGUCGGCAGCAUCUGGAGUUGAUUCGUUUACAGAUGGAGCAAAUGCAGCUUCAGAAUGGAGCCACCUUCCACCAUCCCACUUCUUUUGCUCCCUCACUGCCCAUGUUAGAACCAGCACAGUGGAUCAGCAUCUUAAACAGUAAUGAACACCUUCUGAAGGAAAAGGAACUCCUCAUUGACAAGCAGAGGAAACACAUAUCUCAGCUGGAGCAGAAAGUUCGAGAGAGUGAACUACAAGUCCACAGUGCUCUUUUGGGCCGCCCUGCCCCCUUUGGAGAUGUCUGUUUGCUGAGGCUACAGGAAUUGCAGCGAGAGAACACUUUCUUACGUGCACAAUUUGCACAGAAGACAGAAGCCUUGAACAAAGAAAAGAUCGAGCUUGAAAGGAAACUCUCUGCUUCAGAAGUUGAAGUCCAGCUCAUCAGAGAGUCACUCAAAGUGGCGUUGCAGAAACAUUCAGAGGAGGGGAAGAAACAGGAAGAAAGGGUCAAGGGUCGUGAUAAACAUAUCAAUAAUUUGAAAAAGAAAUGUCAGAAGGAAUCAGAGCAGAACCGGGAGAAACAGCAGCGUAUUGAGACCUUGGAGCGCUACCUGGCUGAUCUGCCCACACUGGAAGACCAUCAGAAGCAGAGCCAGCAGCUUAAGGAUUCUGAGUUGAAGAGUACAGAGCUACAGGAGAGAGUGACUGAGCUGGAGAGUUUGCUGGAGGAAACCCAGGCAACCUGCAGAGAGAAAGAGGUUCAAUUGGAAAGUCUGAGACAGAGAGAAGCAGAAUUCUCCUCCACUGGACAUAGCCUUCAAGAUAAGCAGUGUGUAGAGGCCAGUGGAGAAGUUGCAGCCCACCAGGAAGAAGGUCUAAAAGUGGAAAUGGAAUCCUGGCAGAAGGAAUGUGAUUCCCUCCGAAAGAUUGUAGAGAAGCAACAGCAGAAGAUGGAUCAGUUGCAUUCACAAGUACAGAGCCUAGAGCAGCAAGUGGCUCAGGAAGAAGGAACAAGCCAAGCCCUGAGAGAGGAGGCCCAGCAGAGGGAGACAGCCUUGCAGCAACUUCGCACAGCUGUGAAAGAGCUUUCAGCACAGAACCAGGACCUGAUUGAAAAGAAUCUGACGCUCCAAGAACACCUGCGCCAAGCUCAACCAGGGUCCCCAUCUUCACCAGACACGGCUCAGCUGGCAUUUGAGCUGCAUCAGGAGUUGGCCUGUUGUCUUCAAGAUCUGCAAGCUGUUUGCAGCAUUGUGACCCAGAGGGCCCAGGGCCAUGACCCCAAUCUCUCCCUGCUCCUGGGCAUUCACUCUGCACAGCACCCAGGGACUCCACUAGAUUUACAGAAGCCGGAUGUGAUCAGGAGGAAACUAGAAGAGGUUCGACAGCUACGCCAUGACAUUGAGGAUUUAAGGACCACCAUGUCCGAUAGAUAUGCCCAGGACAUGGGAGAAAACUGUGUCACACAGUGAGGAUUGCUGGGUGUG